GCACAGGCCAUCGGCGCUGUUUUCUUAUUGGCUCAUUCUGGUUUACACACAAACCAUCGGUACCGAUGGUUCGUGUGCUUCGUGCUUUGACCUCUUUGACGACUGAUACAAUAAUGGACAACCUGGCAGUGAAAACUGACAGUGAUACACUCCUGUUUUAUUGCAACGGUACUAAGGUCUUGGAUCCUGACGUUGAUCCUGCACUGACGUUGCUGACAUACCUCCGCACCAAAUUACGCCUGACUGGUAGUAAGCUAGGAUGUGGGGAAGGAGGUUGUGGGGCAUGUACCGUCAUGGUGUCCAAAUACUCAUCCAAGGACAAAACUAUCAGUCACAUUGCAGUGAAUGCCUGCCUGACCCCCAUCUGUUCUGUGCACGGUAUGGCCGUCACAACUGUGGAAGGGAUCGGCAGCACCACGACCAGACUCCAUCCAGUACAGGAGCGCCUUGCCAAGGCCCACGGUUCCCAAUGUGGUUUCUGUACUCCUGGUAUUGUCAUGUCAAUGUACACUCUGCUGAGAAACAUAUUACAACCUACUAUGGAGGAGAUUGAGAGCGCUUUUGAGGGCAAUCUGUGUCGUUGUACGGGCUACAGACCCAUCUUACAAGGCUACAAGACAUUCACCAAGGAUGGAUGCUGUGGAGGAACCAACACUACAUGUUGUAAGAACAUUCCCAAUGGCAUCAGUGUACAAGAGGAAGGUGUAUUGACAACACUGUUUGAUGCAAGCAAGUUCAUGCCCUUUGACCCUUCCCAAGAACCCAUCUUCCCUCCCGAGCUCAUGAUCAAUUUGUACGAGAUGGACUCCAGACCCCGGACGUUUGUUGGGGUUCGGGUGGCCUGGUUUCGUCCCGUCACACUGCAGCAGCUGCUGGAACUGAAGGCUACCAAUCCAAAGGCGAAAAUCGUUGCUGGCAACUCGGAAGUUGGUGUUGAAGUGAAGUUUAAGAAUCAACACUAUCCUGUUCUCGUUGAUCCCACUCACAUCCCUGAGCUGACUAGCGUCGAGAGGACGCCCUCUGGAGUUAGAAUUGGCGCCGCCGUGUCUCUGACGUCAGUCAGUGAUCACUUGAAGGAAAUCAUACAGAAAGAACCAGAGCAUAAGACGCGUGUCUUUGCGGCCAUUGUGGAGAUGCUGCGCUGGUUUGCUGGACAUCAGAUCAGAAAUGUGGCGACCAUCGGUGGUAACAUAGCAACAAGCAGUCCUAUUUCUGACCUCAAUCCGUUGUUUAUGGCAGCCGUCUGUACCAUUGAACUUGUUUCAAAAUCAGGUAAACGUACUGUGAGCAUGGACGGCAAUUUCUUCACCGGAUAUAGGAAGAAUGUUAUCAAGACAGACGAGAUAAUCUUGGCUAUCAAUGUCCCCUUCACGUGUGAGAACGAGUACUUCUACGGCUACAAGCAAUCUCCACGUCGCGAGGAUGAUAUCGCCAUAGUCAAUGCUGGUAUGAGAGUAGUCUUGAAGCCUGGUACUAAUGAAGUACAGGAUUGCAGCCUUUCUUACGGUGGCAUGGCGCCAACAACAGUCCUGGCUACGAAGACAAUGAAGAACAUAACGGGAAGGUGUUGGAGUGAUGGUUUAGUGGAGGCCAUGGCCUCCUUUCUGCUCGAGGAUCUACCUCUAUCGCCCGGUGCCCCAGGCGGUAUGGAGCCCUAUCGGCAAUCACUCACCCUCAGCUUCUUCUUCAAGUUCUACCUCGCUGUCCUGGAGCAACUUAGACUCGAACAGCCUGGCAUUAUUAGUGGCUCAGCCGUUCCACCUUCCUACAAGUCAGCCAAUCAGCCCUACCAUAAGAACUCAGCUCGAGGUGUUCAGUUGUAUCAGGUACCAUCGGGUCAACCUGAUUCAGACGCAGUUGGUCGACCUUUGACCCAUCAAUCUGCCUUCAAACAGGCCACAGGAGAAGCUAUAUAUGUGGACGAUAUGCCGCCUAUUAAAGGUGAGCUGUACCUUGCAUUGGUCAUGAGCAGGAAAGCACACGCUAAUAUUCUGUCUGUCGAUACCACGGUAGCUCUAGCACUGAAUGGCGUCCACGCGUACGUGAAUGCCGACGAUGUGCCCGGUAAUAACUUGCUAGGAUCGUCACCAGUGUAUGACGAUGUCCUGUAUGCAGAUAAAACGGUGAAUUGUGUAGGUCAGGUGAUCGGGGUGAUAGUAGCUGACAACCAGGCUAUCGCGCAGAGAGCUGCCAAGUUGGUGCGAGUGGAGUACGAAGAGCUGCCGGCUGUUUUCACCAUAGAGGAUGCCAUAGAACAAAACUCAUUCUUCCCUGUAAGCCGGUGCAUCCAAACGGGAGACUUGGACCAAGGCUUUGAGACUUCCGAUCACAUCAUUGAAGGGGAGGUGCGGAGCGGUGCUCAGGAGCAUUUCUACCUGGAGACAUGGACAACCUUGGUCAUCCCGGGAGAGGGAGGGGAGGUCGAGGUCAUCUCGGCCAACCAAUCACCGUCCAGAACACAGAGCCUUGUAGCGGAGGCGUUAGGCAUCGCAAGCCACAAGGUGGUAUCACGUGUCAAACGACUAGGUGGCGGGUUUGGAGGCAAGGAGGCCAGGGCGUGUCUUCACGCAGCAGUGUGUGCCGUCGCAGUAAACAAAGUCAAGCGUCCAGUCCGCUUAAUGCUCGACCGAAACGAGGACAUGAUGAUUUCUGGCACACGUCAUCCUUUCCUAGCCCGCUACAAAGUUGGAGUAACGAGCUACGGGCAGCUGAGGGCGCUGGAGGUCGAUCUGUACUCUAACGCCGGCAGCACUUACGAUUGUUCGCCGAGUGUACUUGAGCGGUCGAUGCAGAAUGUUGACAAUUGCUACAAGUGUCCCAACGUCAAAGUCACCGGUCAUAUGUGCCGUACCAAUCUGGCAUCCAACACGGGAUUCCGAGGUUUCGGGAGCCCCCAGGCAAUGCUGGUUGCGGAGACGAUCAUGUCAGAAAUCGCCUUGAAAUGUGGACUGACGCAGAUCAAAGUCAGGGACGUCAAUUUUUACAAGGAUGGCGACGAGACAUUCUACGGCCAGGAGUUAAAGCAUUGGAACCUCGAUAAAUGCUGGGACCAGUGUCUUGUUCAGAGUGACUACAACAAUCGCAGACUAGACGUGGAUGAGUACAAUCGUAAAAAUCGAUGGAGGAAGCGCGGUCUGGCCAUUACACCGACAAAGUUUGGUAUCUCCUUCACCGUCAAAUACUAUAAUCAGGCCGGUGCGUUGGUGCACAUCUACAACGAUGGUUCAGUCCUGGUUUCCCAUGGAGGUACCGAGAUGGGUCAAGGGUUGCACACCAAGAUGAUCCAAGUAGCUAGCAGGACGCUGAGGAUUCCUCAGGAGAAGAUUCACAUUAAUGAGACCAACACCAGCCAAGUGCCGAACACCUCCUCGACUGCUGCCAGCUUCAGCUCCGAUCUCAACGGCAUGGCCAUCAAGGAGGCUUGUGAAACACUCCUGCACCGACUAGAACCGUUCAUCCAAGACAAUCCCAAAGGUACCUGGGAGAGCUGGGUCGACGCCGCGUACAAAGACCGCAUCAGUCUGUCAUCCACGGGAUUCGGCAGGGCGCGUGAUCUGUACUUCGACUGGGAGAAAGGGAAGGGGGAUCCCUAUGCCUACUUCGUAUACGGUGUGGCGGUCUCUGAAGUGGAGAUUGACUGCUUGACUGGGGAUCACCAGGUGCUACGGACCGACAUCGUCAUGGAUGUGGGUGACAGUCUCAACCCGGCAAUCGAUAUGGGACAGAUUGAGGGAGGGUUUAUCCAGGGCUAUGGCCUGUUUGUCCUGGAGGACUAUCGGGUCAGCCCGUCUGGUCAGCUGCUGACCACUGGUCCUGGAUUCUAUAAGAUUCCCAGCUUUGGCGACAUACCGGCCGAGUUCAAUGUCAGUCUGUUGACCAGGGCACCUAACCCAUUGGCCAUCUGCUCAUCAAAGGCUGUUGGAGAACCUCCCUUGUUUCUCGCAGCUUCCAUCUUCUUCGCCAUCAAGGAUGCCAUCCAAUCAGCCAGGGAGGAUGCUGGCAUCCCUCGAGCAUUCCGUCUAGACAGUCCAGCCACGGCAGAGAGAAUCCGCAUGGCAUGCCAAGACCAGUUCACUAAACAGAUUUCAACUCCAGAGGAAGGAACAUACAAGCCGUUUUUCCUGCGUCCUUAAAUUCGAGAUGGAGCCAAAAGUUGACUUAGCAUAUUAGUAAAAUAAGUGCCAAAAAGUAAUGCACUCUAGUUUUCAUGUCCCGUAUUUUGAGCACGGUUUUUGAUUUUUGAAGAAAACUGCACAAAUAAUGAGAUAAUAAUGAAAUGACAUAUUUAGAAGCCACUGUAUUUUUAAUGCAAAUUAAUAAAGUUAUAAAAAAGGAGGAAUCCUUGGCAACUUGUGAAACAUAUUCUUACUUUUACAUCUUUUUUUUUCCUUGCCGCGUGUAAAACGCAAACAAAUUGUACUGUUGUGUUUACCUAGUGUGCCUUUUAAUACUGAUUCGGUUAAUUAUCGGCCACAAACGCAUUCUUAAAAGAAAAAAAGAAAAUAAACGAAGACCGGAUGACGUACUUACCCAGCAUGCAGUAUGUGAUAUGUAUGUUGCUCCGGACUAAGUUUUCGAACGAGAAUUUGUGAACACCUGGUCUUAGCUCUGAAGUGCGAGACGUUGAAGAGGUUUACGUCUUGGCGGGUCUGAAUGAAAACUCCAUGAUCAAAAUCAAAAUCACGGAAAGCCUCUUCCAGCAUUGCCGACAAGAAGAUGGAGAGCAGUGUGGUGCCAUGGACACACCCUUGCUUUACCCAUUUGUUACGGUGGCGGUGUCCGAUGUUUCACCGUAUUUCACCUGACGUGGCCAUCAUUCCAGUAUGUAGUACCUCUACCAUUCUAGUGAAUUUCUCCGGGCAUCCAUGUUUUCUCAACAGCUGCCACAGCCCUGUCCUUCCCACAGUAUCGAAGGCCUUGGUAAAAUCCACAAAGACCACAUAGAGUGACUGCCCUGUUCAAUACAUUUUUCCUGGAGACAGAAGAUUAUGUUCACUGUGCUUCGGUUUACGUGGAAGCCACAUUGUGUCCCCGGUAUUAUUUCUGGUGUUAUGUAGGUAGUGAUUCUGUUCGGGAGGAUCCUAGUGAACGCUUUGCUAGUUAUGGAAAGAAGUGAAAUCCCUCGAUAGUUUCCACAGUCUGUUCGAUCGCCUUUCUUAAAGAUUGUGACGAUGGUAGCUUCUUUUCAUUCCUGUGGUAUACAAAAUCCUCUUCUCAUGCUUUACUGAUCAUUUUGAGCAGUCUGUAGGUAAGUAUGAAUCCACAGUCUCUCCAGAUUUUUGAAGGGAUUCCAUCGGCGCCAAGAGCUUUACCAUUUGCUAGAGAGGCAACCGCUUUCACUACAACUCUUUCAUAAUUGGUGUCUUAUCUAGUAUUGUUAUGACAUCUUGCUGUUGGAUGUUGGCAAGUGUUGUGGCUUCAAUGUCACCAGGUACAUUGAGUAGCUUCUGGAAAUGCUCUGUCUACCUCCUCAGGACACUCUUACUGUCUGAGAAGAUCUCCUUGAUUCUGUGGACCCCAAACUUCUCUGAAUCCCUGAUAGAAAUAUCAUUCCUGUCUGCUGCCCGCUGAAGGUCUUUUGCGUUCUUUUCCCACCAUACAGUUUUCUAGUGUACUUUUGUAACAGCCCGUAAAUGUCUUUAUACGCUGCCACUGUGGAUCUAGUACUUCUAGUCUGUAACACUCUUUGGUGGUCCAGGUCUUUCUUUUGCAUUAGUAGUUUCAGUUUGGAAUCUUUAGGAUCGAACCAAUCUUGGUGUUUCCGAUUGGGCUUACCAAUAGCAUAUUUUGCUGUGUCAUACACAACUUUCCACUCCUGGUCCAGUGACGAACAUUCCUGUAUUUCCAUAGUGCCUCUUUCAUCUCCUCUUCUAACCUUUUCUUUACUCAACAGUAUGAAGCUUUACAGUGUCUAGCUUGAAGGGUCUAGUAGAGCCUUGUCUGUUGUGUUUAGGCGAAUGGUGAAGGUGACUUUGGAUCUUAGCAACUGGUGAUCGGCCCAGCAAUUAGCUCCAAACAGCUCGGGUGCUGUGGAUAUCCAUCUUGUCUCGCUGCCUCGUAUAAAAUGAUGUAAUCGAUCAUAUGCCAAUAUGUCUGGAACGGGGUGCAUCCAGGUGGUUUUGUGAUUGUCCCUCUUCUUAAACAAGCCAAAUGCACACACACACAAAAACACAGGGCAAGCCUCUCUGCUUUACAAAACAGGUUUAUUGAAUAUCAAACGGCGCAAUUUUUCCAUAUUGUGUUCGUUUCAAAUAUAUCGAUGAAGAUGAGUUUUUGUACAUGUACAUUUUAUAUUGUACAACAUUCUUGUAACUUCAAACUGGCGGUCCAGGGUCGCGUUCAACAAUAAUUUAAAAACAAGACAAGGCAAGCAAAAUAAAG